UAACAAUGUUAUUCUAUUGCAGAUUAAUGAUGCGACUCAGUUUUACACAUUUCCUAUGUGGAUGUUGGAUUUUGUACAAGGUCCUAGACGCAAUUAUAGGUCUUGGCCAAUAUAUCACACCCGGGGAUACACUUUCCACACACAUAACCACGGUCAAAAUAGAAAAACUCAACAUUAUGGUGUUUGUGUUCCUGGAACCAAUGAGACAGACUACUAUGGCCUCAUACAGGAGAUUAUGAUGGUGGAGUAUCAUGGUGAUGUUGGCUUGAAGGUCAUGAUUUUUAAAUGUUCGUGGUUUGACACCACGGAAAAUCGCGGUAUGAGAAUACAUCCAUCUGGUCUUGUUGAUGUCUCACCACGAAGACAAUAUGCAAAAUAUGAUCCUUUUGUAUUACCUGGUAAUUGUGAUCAAGCAUGUUUUAUUUCUUAUCCACGGGUACGCCGACAUUCUGCCGAUGAUUGGUGGGCAUGCGCAAAAAUUAUUCCUCGAGGAAUCCGAGAAACGUCCGAAAUUGCUUUAACUGCGUGGCAGGAUGAUAGACGUGACCAAGUUGCAGAAAGUUCAUUGUUACGGGUGGAAACACAUGUUGUUGACGAUGUUUCUGAUUAUGAUCUUGCCCCGGUGAAUCCUCCAAACGAUGAAUAUGUAUCAGAUGUUGAGGUACAAUCAGACGGUGAUUCAGAGUAGUCAAAUAUAUGCUUAAGGUUGUAAAAUAUGUUAUAAGGUUUGUAAAAUAUGUUGUAAGGUUGUAAAAUAUGUUAUAAGGUUUGUAAAAUAUGUUGUGAGAUUGUUGGAAAAAUUAUAUUAUGUAAAAUAUAUGAAUGUAAUAUAUGAAUGUAUGAAGGGUUUGAAUUGUAGUU